CUGCUGUAUGUUAUGUAACUCAAUGUAAGCUAUAUAUAUAUAUAUAUAUAUAUAUGUGUGUGUGUGUGUUAUGAUUGUUGUUUGGUGUCGAACGAGUCAAAACAUAUUCCGCCAUUCAAAAUGAUAUGGCGAGUCUAAUGACAAAUUUGUUUUUUCUGUACGGGAUUUAUGUUCUUCUUAUUAUCGGUCAGACCGCACUGAGUUCACAGAAAUGUCGGCACUGUUACGCGCGGCAUCAGAAACGAUCCGCCAGCCCGACGUUCAGGUACCGGCCGCACGUGUCGGCGUGCGCGUCGCCGUCGUCCACCGUGGCCGCCUCCAAAGACGACGGCUGCGAAGAAACGCAACGUCCGUCGACCGAACAGCCACCGGUGCGGUGGCGGUUACCGGCACCGUCGCCACCGACUCAGUCACCACCACCGCCGCCCCCGCCGCAAUCGUCACCACCACCGUCAUCACCACCAACGUCGUCCACCGACGGCUGGACGCCGGGCCGUGGCAGGCUGCACAAACACCUGUUACUGGUCACCGGACAGGUGUACCACGAGUUCAUUGGCGAGUGUUCGGUCACGGAACAAGCGCGCGACCUGCACGAACUCGGCUCGAUGCUCCGGCGUGAACCCGUGCCGGGCGACUUCGUGCUGGUCCAAGUGGGCACGGGCUGGAGGCUCAACGUCCGGCUGCUGGACGUGCUGGUCGACAGGCUGGGUAACGUGUCCGUGUACGCGGACAAGAAGUAUUACAGCAAAACGAUGACCAAACACUGCCGGAACAUCGGCGACCGGUGCACGCUGCUCACCAACCUGGUGCCCGUUAUCGAGCAGCUGGAGCGGCCACGGGAAUUCGGCGACGGCGGCGGUGUCGCCAUGUACGAUCCGGACUGGAUUCCGGUGCCCGCUGUACCGCCCCUGCCCCGCAACUUCACCGGCGACACCGAGAAGCAAAUCGAAUACCUGACGUGGCGGCUGUGCGUCCGAGACAGGCGUCAAAAUUUCUACUACAAACUCGACCAGGACUCACUGCGGUCCCCCUUGAGUGAUCAGAGCGACAUCGCUGAGAGCGACAAUGUCGUCUUCGAAACCAGCUUGUCACUCACCGAUAUACUACCGAUCAAUCCAAAGAACUACGACAAAAACCGCGCGCCAAAAGUACAAGGGCAACCGACUAUUGUUUACUUUCACGUCACCGUGCUGUCUUUGGAUUCCAUCAACGAAGAAUCCAUGACGUACGUUGCGGACAUAUUUUUGGCGCAAAGCUGGCGGGACCAAAGACUUCGGCUUCCAGAAAACAUGAGCGAAGACUACCGUAUACUGGACGUCGAAUGGUUGCACGAUAUAUGGCGACCCGAUUGUUUCUUCAAAAACGCGAAAAAAGUCACGUUUCACGAGAUGAGCAUACCCAACCAUUAUUUGUGGCUGUACCACGACAAAACGCUGCUGUAUAUGUCAAAAUUGACGCUGGUAUUAUCGUGUGCAAUGAAAUUUGAAUCGUAUCCGCAUGACACACAAAUAUGUUCAAUGAUGAUCGAAAGCCUGUCUCACACAACUCACGAUUUGGUUUUUAUAUGGAAUAUGACGGAUCCAUUAGUGGUAAACCCAGAUAUCGAAUUACCUCAACUUGAUAUAUCAAACAACAUAACUACCGAUUGCACAAUAGAAUACUCAACAGGGAAUUUCACAUGUUUGGCCGUGAUGUUCAAUUUACGAAGACGCUUAGGUUACCAUUUAUUCCACACAUACAUCCCAUCAGCACUCAUUGUUGUCAUGUCGUGGAUUUCAUUUUGGAUAAAACCCGAGGCUAUACCAGCUAGAGUAACUUUAGGCGUAACUUCGCUAUUGACACUCGCCACACAAAACACUCAGUCACAACAGUCCCUUCCACCUGUAUCCUAUGUAAAAGCCAUCGACAUAUGGAUGUCUUCGUGUUCGAUUUUCGUUUUUCUGUCUUUAAUGGAGUUUGCCGUCGUCAAUAACUACAUGGGGCCGGUGGCCACCAAAGUGAUGAAAGGAUACUCAGAAGAAGAUAUCCGAGGAGGCGACGACUUUAAGGAACUGGACCCGAAAAGCCGAAGUCCGAUUAGAAGUGUAGCCACCGUAGCCGCAGCACCGCAGUACCCGACUUUCUGUAACGGCCGCGCAAUCGCACUGUACAUCGACAAGUUCUCACGGUUCUUUUUCCCGUUUUCGUUUUUCAUCCUCAACGUCGCCUAUUGGACAUCAUUUUUGUAAGCGAAUAUAAACCUAUGCUUACAUAAAUGACAAGACUAACGGCUUUUGGCCUUGCAUGUGUUAUAUGUAUAACACACGACGUACAUUCGCAUUAUACGACGUCUGCAUAUCACUUCAAUGUCGUCGUCACAUACGCUACGACGAUGAAAAAUAUGUAAAUUUUACUAUUAUUGUUACUUCUCGUACGAAUCUCCUAGGUAGCCAUAUAGAUGUACCCUAUGAUGUACCUUUUACCUAUCUACCUACUAUGCUCUACUAAUGAAUUUUUAUUUUAUUUUAGUAAAACAUAUCAUAUUGUAUUAAGUCACUGUAAUAAUAUUUUGUGUAACUGAUUAAUAUUAAUUAUCAUUUACCAAUCUAUAUGCGUUUGUUUAAUGA